UGUAAUGGGUCUUUUAUUGGUCAAAGCAGAGAAAAAAUAUAGGGACUUGAAAUGAAUAAAUGGGGUUCGGUAAAAGACAUGGGCUUAAGCAAAGUGAAACUUUGUAGGAGUUAGAAUUAGAAUUAAGUUUGGGAGCUUGAAAACGAAAUAUGAUAAGAUUGGUUGGGUCCCUCAUGACUUGUUCUACCUUAAUGUACUUUUCUGUCUUUACAGAUUUCAGCCACAACAUAUUUCUGUUAUUGUGAAGUCUAAAAACAGGUCACUUUCUAAAGUAUUUGCAUCCGCUUUGAAGCUCAAGAUAAGAAACGUAACUUAGUUCAACAUAAUACAUUCUGGCCGACCCUGCCAAUAGAUGAGCCCAAAAUUGACCUCCAGCUGGACAAAGCUAGUUCUUGACUCAUCCCAAGGAUAGUGCUUUAUAUCAACUCAAGUGUCAGAGGUGCUGACAGCACGCUGUGCAUGGCGUGAUGUCGCUGGUCUCAUUGUGUCAACAGGAGUCAACCAGAUGCUCCCGGAUAUGCUGAAGUACUUUGAGGCUCUCUGCAGCUUUAUCUGGAUCAAUGCGAUGCUGUAAGAGCUUUCUUUGAUAUUUUUGGUUGAGGCCUGGAAGUUAAGCAGAAUGCAUGACUCAUAUCCUCGCAGCCCGUGCUCUUGAUGUUUGUUCUCCACGCAUGAUGUAAGGAAAAACACGUUUUUUUUCUUUUUCUGCUGCAGAGGUUCAUCUCCACAGUGGAGGUUAAAAAAAAAAAAAAAGAUAACGAGGAACACGAGGAAACUCAUCCCAACGGGGACCACGCCGCUGAGAGCAAUCUGAAAUCUUCAGUCACUGCUCCAACUCUCACACCCUCUGCCUCUGAAGAGUUGGUACGCUCAAAUGCGCCCCGGAUUACCAACCAAGUCACCGUGAAGUGGGACACAUGUGGCUGAUUGAGGAGCAAGCAGUUUUCCUCUCUGAUGAGAGCAAGCAGGUCUGCUGCGCUGCUGUCCUCAAACGUGCCUCCUCCUCCUCCUCCUCCUCAUGCUGCUCCUCCCCCUGAGCUUCAUCCCACUCCUCCACCUCCUUCACCUCUUGUUAAAUGUUCUUCAGGACUCAGAGGCAGCGUGAGGCUUCCGUCUGUGUGAUGUCCUGAUUACGGCUGCUGGGGAUGUAGGCGAGGAUUAAAGGAGCGCUUCCCUUCACCUUCUCGACUGUGGACUUACUAAAACUUUCCUUUCAUCUUUAGUGAACGUCUACCUGACCACUUGGAAGGAGGAGCAGUCUGACGGCGACCCAGGCCGGCUGUUCUGCUCCUCAUCUUCUCUCAGAAAGCUGGAGCUCUCAGGAGCAGCAGGAAGCCACGCCGCUGACAAACUUCUCCUGAUGCGAGAGCCUCACUCAUCGCAAACCGCGGAGCAUAAUAGGCUCUGCCAUGACCUACCUGUGUUUGAAGAGAGUGUUUUUCACGUCGCUGGAGAGGAGGGGCACAGAGCGAAGGACGCUGUGAGGCGCUGUGAGGCGGAGAGGGCGCCGUGUUUGGCCGACGCCACACAGGGAGGACACCUCGCUGCUCAUGGAGCCUCAGAGCAUCUCUUCUCAUCUGUCCCAGUGACUCGUACGGCAGCACGAUGAACAGCUCCUCUGGUAACAGUACCCACGUGCAGACGCACAGCCUCUGGGAGGUCAUAACCAUUGCCACGGUGUCGGCCAUCGUCAGCCUGAUUACCAUCAUUGGAAACAUGCUGGUCAUGCUGUCCUUCAAGGUGAACAGCCAGCUGAAGACUGUUAACAACUAUUAUCUUCUGAGUUUAGCCUUCGCAGACCUCAUUAUUGGAGUGUUGUCCAUGAACCUGUACACCACGUACAUCCUGAUGGGCUACUGGUCCUUGGGGAACCUGGCAUGUGAUCUCUGGCUAGCGGUGGAUUAUGUCGCAAGCAACGCUUCUGUCAUGAACCUCCUUGUUAUCAGCUUUGACAGAUACUUCUCUAUAACGAGGCCGCUGACCUACAGAGCUAAGAGGACACCAAAGAGAGCUGCCAUCAUGAUCGGCCUGGCAUGGCUCAUCUCGUUUGUGCUUUGGGCACCACCCAUUCUCUGCUGGCAGUAUUUCGUAGGAGAGAGGAAAGUGCCAACGGACCAGUGCCAAAUCCAGUUCUUGACCGAGCCUGUGAUCACCUUUGGGACAGCCAUCGCUGCUUUCUACUUCCCCGUGUCUGUGAUGACUAUUCUCUACUGCCGGAUCUACAAAGAGACCCAGAAACGGACAAAAGAUCUGGCAGAGUUGCAGGGGCUCACCACAGGUCAUGUUCCAGAUGGUACCAAACCCCAAAAGACCAUCAUCCACUCCUGUUUUCGUUUCACCAGAGACAGGAGGAAUCAGAACCAGGCCUCCUGGUCUUCGUCCAAUCAAAGCAACGCCACCAGAACUACCAGCAGGUCGGAUGACAGCUGGGCAAAAGUUGACCAGAUCACCUCCUUGAACAGCUAUACAUCAUCAGAAGAGGAGGAGCACCAUAUUUCUAAAGACACCCCACAAGGCUCGUUCAAAGAGCAACAAGGACAAAGCAGUACAAACGGGCAGGCUCCUGACCUCACAGAAGAUCAAUACUUUUCCAGUCCUCAGAAGAAAAGCCAGAGGAAGUCCAUCUCUUAUAAAUUCAAGCCUGGCUCAAAGGGAAAAAGCCCAGCAAGCCCAGCCCCGCAUCCUCCUGAGCAGCUCGAAAAAAAUGCCUCCCCCUCCUCCAGCACCUCAAAACCCAUGGACACUGCCCUAAAGAACCAGAUCACCAAGAGGAAGAGGAUGGUCCUAGUUAAGGAGAAAAAAGCUGCGCAAACUCUGAGUGCCAUCCUCCUUGCAUUCAUCCUGACUUGGACACCGUACAACAUCAUGGUGCUCAUCUCCACCUUCUGUGCUGAUUGCAUUCCCACCUCCCUGUGGCACCUGGGUUACUGGCUGUGCUACGUCAACAGCACCAUCAACCCCAUGUGCUACGCUCUGUGCAACAAGACCUUCCAGAAGACCUUUCGCAUGCUGCUGCUCUGCCAGUGGAGGGCAAGGAGGAGAGGCGAGGACAAGCUGUACUGGAGCGGAGCAAACCCCAACAACAAAGUGACCUGAAGCUUCUGGGCUCACGCUGUUUGUUGGUGAAAAUAAUCAAUGGAACCUGGAGUUCCUUUACAGUCAGAGCUGAAGAGCAGAGGUGUUACAAGUUUCUUGGUUGCAAAAUCAAAUUUGGAGUUUUCAAAAGAUUUCAAAGAAGUUUUGAAGGUGUAAAAACAAUUACUAUGAAGCUGGUAGUUCUUGUUUAUGACUACAUUGCAAGUCUUUAGUAAUGAGCAGGAAAAUAAGUGAAAGGAAAAGAAAGAUGUAUCUGUGUUGGCAACAUACAUCUAUUGACUAUAUUUGAGAACUUGAUUCAGGGACUCCUGCCCCUGGUGCUCCAAACAAGAAGUACCCACUGGAUCCAAAAAACCUAAAUCCCACAGACUUCGAUAUUGCUCAAUCAUUCUAUUUGUCAGAAUAAUCAUUCUUGCCCUGAUACCUUUCUUAUUCUUGUUCUUAAAAAUCAAUUUUUUCCCAUAUUUUUUCUGUAGUUUUAAGUUUUUCAAGUUAUAAACUGACCAAUCAGAUGCCUCAAUAAAAGUAGGUGUUCUCUUGUUA